CUUCCGCCCCUCCCGGCGUCUUCAACACCGAGCUGCCCGACACGGUGGGGUUGAUGGGGUUGGGGGAGAGCUUGGCUUUGACUGAACGGGAUGGAUACCGUUUAUGUAACGAUGACAGACUGCACCGCAUGAAAGCCGAGCGCUUCAAUUGACGGGUUAUGUAGGCGGGGUACGUCAGCGACAAGCACACAUCAGUCUCCCACUGUUCUUGCAAGCAAAUGUUCGGGGCUCGCGCAAUCCCAAGACUACGCCUUUACGCUUCACAUAUAACUAACAGCCGUCCGCUAACGCCCACGAGGAGAUUCGCAACAAUGGCGUCGACAACGGACCUCAAGACGUACAAAUUCAACCACACCAUGCUGAGGGUCAAGGACCCUGUGCAGUCGGUUAAGUUCUAUGAGUUCCUGGGCAUGUCGGUCAUCAACAAGGCCGAUGAUCCCGACAACAAGUUCAGCCUUUACUUCUUGGCCUUCGACUCGCCCUCGGCCAAGUCGCACGGCAAAAGCACCUUUGACCGCGAGGGAAUCAUCGAGCUGACGCACAACUGGGGGACCGAGAACGAUGCCUCGUACAGCAUCAACAAUGGCAACAAAGAGCCACAUCGGGGCUUUGGGCAUACCUGCAUCUCGGUUGAUCACUUGCAGGCCGCCUGCGACCGCAUCGAGGCUGCGGGCUACAAGUUCCAGAAGAAGAUCUCCGACGGCAGGAUGCGAAACAUCGCCUUCGCCCUUGACCCUGAUGGAUACUGGGUGGAGCUCGUCAGCAAGAACCGGGUUGAGGAGGACACGUCGACAACAACCGACGUGUCGACCUACCGAAUGAACCACACCAUGAUCAGGGUCAAGGACGCCGAGAGGUCGAUCAAGUUCUACCAGGACGUCAUGGGCAUGAAAGUCCUUCGCGAGCUGCCAAAUCCGGAGGCCGGAUUCACGCUUUACUUCCUCGGCUACCCCGAGCGGGGAGAGUGGGACUACGACCGCGAAGGCCUCCUCGAGCUGACAUGCAACCACGGAACCGAGAAGGAUGAUAGCUUCAAGGGCUACCAUAACGGCAACGACGAGCCGCAAGGAUUUGGCCACAUCUGCGUAUCUGUCGAUAACCUCGAUGCUGCGUGCAAGCGCUUCGAGGACUGCUCGGUCAACUGGAAGAAGAGACUGACUGACGGACGGAUGAAGAAUGUGGCCUUUGUCCUGGACCCUGACGGAUACUGGGUUGAGAUUGUGUCAAACGACAUGAAGCUCUCGAGCUGAUGUGAUGCGAAACGGGUGAUUUUGAGAAGCGAGUGUUGUGGAUUUGGAGUGAGGGGAUCAUUCAACGCCUCAGCCUGAGUUAUUCACUGCCGCUUGAGAUGAUUUAUUCUCAAUCUUGUCAAAGUAAAAAGGUGCAACUAGGACUGCAUGGGUAAAUGUAAAUCACAGCUGAAAGAAAGCCCAAGGCUCGAUGUGAAUUUGGCGUUUGCUCAAUGAAGGGAUCCUCACUGUGGUCCGCCAGGGCCCAGGGGCCAC